CAACCUCCAAUCCAAGUUCUAGCUCUUCAACUCUUCCUACUCACAUCCACAAUGGUCAAGUACGUGCUCACGGGUGUUGGCGGCAACAUUGGCGGCCACGCGGCUGACCACGCUGUCGAGAUCAAGAAGCCCGAGGACGUUCUGGUGCUCACCAGCUCGGACGUUUCCAAGCUCAACCCCGAGCGCGUCGCGGCCUGGAAAGCCAAGGGCGCUAUUGUCGAGCAGGCUGACUACCUCGACGUGGACAGCCUCAAGAAGGUGUUUGAGGGCGCAGAAGCCAUCGCCUUCAUCUCGACGUGGCUCAUCGGUGACGGGCGUCGUGGCCAGAUGAAGAACUGUAUUAAGGCUGCUAAGGAGACGGGUGUCAAACGUGUGUGCUACACUUCGUUCGUGGGUGCCGGAUCGGACAAGCCUAACGAGGAGGUGCCGUUCCUACCCCAGGACCACCAGUUCACCGAGCAGCAGAUCUACGCGUCGGGUCUGGACUACAACAUCCAGCGUGACUACCUGUACCAGGACAACACGCCUCGCUUCUUCGCUCAGUCGUGGCACUUCACGGAGGACCGUUGGCUCUCCAACAGCCACGACGUUCCCGGUGCGUACGUCGCCAUCUCGGACUGUGGUCGCGUGUUCGCUGCUCUGCUCCUUGGCAAGCAGGAGAAGAACACCGUCGUGGAAGUAACGGGCCCCGAGGCCGUCACGGACCGCGACAUGUUCGAGUGGAUGAACUCGAUCAGCGGCUACAAGGGCCAGUUCGUUGACUUGCCCGAUGAGGAGCUUCGUGCCUACUGGCUCGGCCGUGGUCUGCCCACCGACGUGUACGGAGACUUCUCCAAGCUCCCUAUGAAGCUGUGUAUCGGCGACCUGCUGUGCUGCGGUGAAAUGCUGGCCAACGGCUCCAUGAGCAAGGUGACGGACACAGUUGAGCGUCUGACUGGCCGCAAGCCUCUGGGCUACAAGGAGAAUUUGCUCCAGUACAAGGAGAUCUUCCCCAAGAACCAAUAAGUCGUUCCGUUAGAUUA